AUGUCUUAUUUUUUAUAUCCUUGGAAGGAGUGGUGGUCUAGUGAUGGACCAGACAGUGUAAGAUCAGAGGUGAAUCCAUCAGGAGAACAUCAUAAGACUGGCUCAGACAUCAUUCUGACCUGCUCUGCUGAUUCAAGACCUUCUGCUGAAUAUCAGUGGUUUCUGAAUGGAGGCGCUCUGACUACAACUGGACCAGAACUCAGACUGAUGAACAUUCAGAUGAGUCAAAGUGGAAACUACAGCUGUCAGGCCUUUAACAGCAAAACCAUGAGAUACCAAAGAUCUCUGCCUUCAGCUGUCUAUGUACAUGAUCCCGUCUUUAACGUAAAAGUUACUGAAGAUUCCUCAGAUUUGAUUGAGUUUAGCAAAUCCGCCAUCUUCCGCUGCACCUCGUCUGGAUCAUCUCUCUCCUUCCGCUGGAUGAAAGACUCCUCUGAGAUUACAGCCAGUGACAGAGUUCAGAUUACUGAUGGAGGAUCCACUCUGACUAUUGUCAAUGUGACCAGAAAUGAUGAUGGAUCAUACAGCUGUGAAGUGUCCAAUCCUGUCAGCAAUGCCAACAGUGAUCCAGUAUUCCUCUCUGUCAGCUAUGGCCCAGAAAAAGUCACAUUAAAGGUUAACCCUGAAUCUCAAAAACAUUAUGAGGAAGGUUCAGACAUCACCUUGACUUGUUCGGCUGACUCCAGACCUGCUGCCGUGUUUAGUUGGUUCCUAAAUGAAAAAAAUCUGGCGAAUUCUGAACAUGAGCUCAAGCUAAUCAGUGUUCAGAGGAAUCAGAGUGGAAACUACAGCUGUCAGGCCUUUAACAGUAAAACCUCAAUAAAGCAAACAUCUCCACUUGCAUCCAUCUCUAUAGUGGUACUGGGUUGCAGGGGCAGCUCUCAGCAUACAACCCUCUUCCCAGGUACCUCAUCCAGUUCUGUUGGGGGAAGUCCAAGGUGCUCCUACGCCCGCUGA